AUGACUUCCAUCCAAGAAGCCGAGAUGGCAGUGGCUUGGAACAGAGCCAAUGAGUACGAGAAAGCCCUCGUACGGUGUUUGUAUUCAGAAAACGACGACGCGGAUAUUAUAUUACUUGCAAAUACGAUUGAAGAUAUAGAUCCUGAUGGGGAUAUCGAGGAAGUCAGGGAACAAGUGCAUGAUUAUGUAUAUAAUCUCAAAGAGGAAGAAGGUGUGUCCAAGUGGUUUGAGAUAAGAAUGGAUGCUGGGUUUACCAUCUUGGGUAGUGGUGGUAUAUUUUUGCUGGGGGCUGUGGAGACUUUGAUAGAUCGCAAAGGAUUUGAUGAUGAGGGUGUAAUGCGCGGUCUUGUUGCUUCAAAAGACUAG